GACUGGGGGCGCGGGUCGCCCCGCGCGGGACCGCGCGGCCCGGCCUCCUGUGCGGGGCAAUUUUCUCGAACUCUCCACCUCUGGCCUCCUUGGGGCCCGGCGCUGCCUGGAGACCCUGGUGCGGAUCUGCCGAAGAAAAGAGUGUCAUGAAAAAAGAACAGAAAAAAGACGUCAGUGUUGGCGUGAGGGGAGUUUUCUUUCCCAAUUGGUGGUUACUUCAUGAUUGGAAGAGAAGUACCUAGGUGGCUGAAGAGAUUAGAGUUUUCUAGUUGUACAGAUGACAGUCAUAAAAGAAGAUGAGAAAAUGCUUUUCCCGGGUCAUCAUAGGCUGAUGAGUAAGAAAGCCUGAAAAAGACAGAUUUGAAAUGAGAGCGAGAAUUCUGAAUUUUUAAAACCAGGUAGGACUGUGAACACUUGUUGAAGAUGUUUUUUUCCCAAAAUGGAAGAAGAAAAAAAAUUCUCAAAGCAAGAAGUGUAAAGAGUUGAGAGGAAUAUACAAGAGGAAUAACAACCGAGCCCACUCCAAGAAUUUCCUCAUCACCUUCUCUGGGCAAAACACACACAGGGGCAUCCCACGUCUAUGGUGGUUUUAUUGCUGGUUGUGGUUUCCUAUGCUAGGAAUGACUUCUUAAUCUGGAUUUUGGAACACCUUUUUUAAAAAAAAAAAAAAAUGUGUGUUUUGACUCUUCACGUUAGGUAGAUUUCAUGCAAAGGAAGUAAAUCCUGAAUUAACUCAUAUUAUGUUUGACUCUCUGUACCACAGUUUGCUGUGCGAUAUGGAAAAACUAGAGGUUUUAACAUUCUUUGAAGUUUUAUUGGAAGCAAAACUGUAUCGAGGACACAGAUACACAGUGUAAGUUUUCUCUUUUUGGCAACUGUACUUGCUUUGAAUGAGCCGAACGUCAGCUGGAUUUCACAGUGUAAGCGAUUUAUAGUCUUCGUUUUAUCAAGGCCUUAAAUGUAUGUUUUAUACUAAGCAGAUGGGAAACGCACUGAGCACUCUGUCUGACGUGAAUGCUUAAGGGAAGGAACUCCCCGAUGGAUCAUGGCGUUAAUGUUUACAGGACAUUUCUUAUUUUUAGCAUUAGUGAUGUUUGCUUUCUCUACUUUUGAGGAAUCUGUAAGCAAUUACUCUGACUGGGCACUUUUCACAGAUGAUAUAGAUCAGUUUAAGACACAGAAAGUGCAAGAUUUCAGACCCAACCAAAAGCUGAAGAAGAGUAUGCUUCAUCCAAGUUUAUAUUUUGAUGCGGGAGAAAUCCAAGCAAUGAGACAAAAGUCUCGCACAAGCCAUUUGCAUCUUUUUAGAGCUAUCAGAAGUGCAGUGACAGUCAUGCUGUCCAACCCAACAUACUACCUACCUCCACCCAAGCACGCUGACUUCGCUGCCAAGUGGAAUGAAAUUUACGGUAACAAUCUGCCUCCCUUAGCACUGUACUGUUUGUUAUGCCCGGAAGACAAAGUUGCCUUUGAAUUUGUCUUGGAAUAUAUGGACAGGAUGGUUGGCUACAAAGACUGGCUAGUUGAGAAUGCGCCGGGGGAUGAGGUUCCAGUUGGCCAUUCCUUAACAGGUUUUGCUACUGCCUUUGACUUUUUAUAUAACUUAUUAGAUGACCAUCGAAGACAAAAAUACCUGGAAAAAAUAUGGGUGAUUACCGAAGAAAUGUAUGAGUAUUCCAAGGUUCGCUCCUGGGGCAAACAGCUUCUUCAUAAUCACCAAGCUACUAAUAUGAUAGCGUUACUCACCGGGGCCUUGGUGACGGGGGUAGAUAAAGGAUCUGAAGUGAAUUUGUGGAAACAGGUUGUAGUAGAUGUGAUGGAGAAGACAAUGUUUCUAUUGAAUCAUAUCGUCGAUGGUUCUUUGGACGAAGGUGUGGCCUAUGGAAGUUACACAGCUAAAUCGGUCACACAGUAUGUUUUUCUGGCCCAGCGCCAUUUUAAUAUCAACAACUUGGAUAAUAACUGGUUAAAAAUGCACUUCUGGUUCUAUUAUGCCACCCUUUUGCCAGGCUUCCAAAGAACUGUGGGUAUAGCAGAUUCCAAUUAUAAUUGGUUUUAUGGUCCAGAGAGCCAGUUGGUUUUUUUGGAUAAGUUCAUAUUAAAGAAUGGAGCUGGAAAUUGGUUGGCUCAGCAGAUUAGAAGGCACCGACCUAAAGAUGGGCCGAUGGUCCCCUCAACCGCCCAGAGGUGGAGUACUCUUCACACCGAAUACAUCUGGUAUGACCCCCAGCUCACCCCACAGCCUCCUUCCGAAUACGGUACUGCAAAAAUGUACACGUUCCCCAACUGGGGUGUUGUCACUUACGGGGCUGGGUUGCCAAAUACACAGACCAAUACCUUUGUGUCUUUUAAAUCUGGAAAGCUAGGGGGUCGAGCUGUGUACGACAUAGUUCACUUUCAGCCAUACUCCUGGAUCGACGGGUGGAGAAGCUUUAACCCGGGACACGAACACCCAGAUCAGAACUCAUUUACUUUCGCCCCCAAUGGGCAAGUAUUCGUCUCCGAAGCUCUCUAUGGACCCAAGCUGAGCCACCUCAACAACGUGCUGGUGUUUGCCCCAUCGCCCACCAGCCAGUGUAAUAAGCCUUGGGAGGGUCAACUGGGAGAAUGCGCACAGUGGCUCAAGUGGACCAGUGAGGAGGUUGGCGACGCAGCGGGGGAGAUCAUCACCGCCUCUCAACAUGGGGAAAUGAUAUUCGUGAGCGGGGAGGCAGUGUCUGCUUACUCUUCAGCCAUGAAGCUGAGAAGCGUGUAUCGUGCUCUGCUUCUCUUAAAUUCUCAGACUUUGCUAGUCGUCGAUCACGUAGAGAGGCAAGCCGAUUCCCCAAUAAAAUCUGUCAGUGCCUUCUUUCAUAAUCUGGAUAUCGAUUUUAAGUACAUCCCAUAUAGGUUUAUGAACAGGUAUAAUGGUGCCAUGAUGGACGUGUGGGAUGCACACUACAAAAUGUUCUGGUUUGAUGAUCGUGGCACUAGCCCCGUUGCUAGUAUACAGGAAGCAGAGCAAGCCGCCGAAUUUAAGAAACGAUGGACUCAAUUUGUUAAUGUUACGUUUCAGAUGGAGUCCCCGAUCACAAGAAUUGCUUAUGUCUUUUAUGGGCCAUAUGUCAAUGUUUCCAGCUGCAGAUUUACUGACAAUUCCAACUCUGGUCUUCAGAUUUCUCUCAACGUCAAUAAUUCUGAACACGUCGUUUCCAUCGUAACUGACUACCGCAACCUGAACACAAGAUUCAGUUACCUGGGAUUCGGUGGCUUUGCCAACGUGGCCGAUCAGGGCCAAAUCACCCGAUUUGGUUUGGGCACGCAAGCAAUAGUAAAGCCCGUGAGACACGAUCAAGUUAUUUUCCCCUUUGGAUUCAAAUUUAAUAUAGCAAUUGGGUUGAUUUUGUGCAUUAGCUUGUUGAUUUUAACUUUUCAGUGGCGCUUUUACCUUUCUUUUAGAAAGCUAAUGCGAUGGAUCCUAACACUUGUAGUCGCCCUGUGGUUCAUCGAGCUGCUGGAUGUGUGGAGCACUUGCACUCAGCCCAUCUGUGCAAAGUGGGCAAGGACGGAGGCUGGGCCGGGCACGCAGUCUUUGUCUUCCCCUGGGCACCACGCCUAUCUUCCCGACGUGGUCAUUGCCUCACUUCCGGGUUCAGGAGCUGAAAUUCUCAAACAGCUUUUCUUCAACAGCAGUGAUUUCCUCUACAUCAGGGUUCCCACAGCCUACAUUGACAUCCCCGAAACUGAAUUCGAAAUCGACUCAUUUGUAGACGCCUGUGAAUGGAAGGCAUCAGAUGUCCGCAGCUCGCAUUUCCGCUUACUGCGGGGCUGGCUGCAGUCCUUAGUCCAGGACACAAAGCUGCACUUGCAAAACAUCCAUCUGCGUGAACCCAGUAGGGGUAAACUGGCCCAAUACUUUACAGUGAAUAAGGACAAAAAAAGAAAAUUACGAAAAAGAGAGUCUUUGCCAGAACAAAGAAGUAGAAUGAAAGGCGCCUUUGACAGAGAUGCUGAAUACAUCAGGGCCUUGAGGAGACAUCUGGUUUACUACCCAGGCGCACGGCCUGUGCUUAGUUUAAGCAGCGGGAGCUGGACCUUAAAGCUUCGCUUUUUUCAAGAAGUUUUGGGAACUUCACUGAGGGCACUGUACAUAGUAAGGGACCCGCGAGCGUGGAUUUAUUCAAUGCUGUACAGUAGCAAACCAAGUCUUUACUCUCUGAAGAGUAUACCGGAGCGCUUGGCCAAAUUGUUCAAAGUAGAUGGAGGUAAAGGCAGAUGUAGCUUAAAUUCAGGCUACGCUCUCGAGUAUGAAGCGUUAAGGAAAGAAUUAUCAAAACCCAAGUCAGACGCGGUCUCCCUGUUGUCUCAUUUGUGGCUGGCAAACACAGCAGCAGCCCUGAGAAUAAAUACAGAUUUGCUGCAUACCAGCUACCAGCUGGUCAAGUUUGAAGAUAUCGUGCAUUUUCCUCAGAAAACCACUGAAAGGAUUUUUGCCUUUCUUGGAAUUCCUUUGUCUCCUGCUAGUUUAAACCAAAUAUUGUUUGCCACUUCCACGAAUCUUUUCUAUCUUCCCUACGAAGGAGAAAUAUCACCAAGUAACACGAAUGUUUGGAAACAGAACUUGCCUAGGGAUGAAAUUAAACUGAUCGAAAACAUCUGCUGGACACUGAUGGACCGUCUAGGAUAUCCAAAGUUUAUGGACUGAAUGCUGCAGGUCAGCAGAAAUUUGCACUAAUACUUUCCAACCCAAUUUGUGGACAUGAAUUAGAAGAGUUUGUUUAUUCUUGUACUGUGUGUGUGUGUGUGUGUGUGUGCGUGUGUGUGUGUGUGCAGUUAUUUGCACAGAGAGGUUCUUUUAAAAAUAGGCAACAUAUUUGGCCUAGCAGGAUUUAUUUUUAUGUCAUCACUUUCUUUGCCUUCGUUGCUGAAUUUUUUUCUGCUAAAAACUUUCCACUACAGAGGUGUAGAUGAAGUUAUAUUGUGGUCAGGGGAGAGGAGAAGAUUUUAAAGGUUUUUGCUUAACUCUCUCCUCCACCUGCAACUGUGCUGAUGUAUCCUGGAACCUCAAACACUGCUGAAGGCCUUGCAAUUGUUGCUUUCCCCAAGCACCUCUUAACUUUUGAGAUGGACUACAAAAGCUCCUUUCUAAAGAGUUCUAACACAAUUAUCCUGCACCUCCUCGCCCCCCCCCCCUCCAAAAAAAAAAUCCUUUACCAUGUAUACUGUUCAGCGAUUUCGCUGGGGAAUGCUCCUAUCAGAACUCAAAACUGUAGGAUUCCUUCUGGAAAAAUAUGGCUGGAAAUACAGAAAUGUCAGGAUCAGUGACCUGAAAGCCGCCUUCAAGUUUUCUACUUUGAAAUAAUAAGGAAUCAGUCUUUGAAUAAUUUGGAUGCCAAGGGCUGGUAGAGUAUUUUCAACCUGCUUGUCGACAUUUAAAAUGCUCCUUUCUCGUUUUUUGCCUCCUGAAAGCUACAGCUGCUUGCCGUCACCUCACUCCCACUCUAUCCUUUCUGUCACUGUCAUGCAAAACAAUCAGUAGUUACUAAUUGCUAAACUCCUGGUAUUUGUGGGGAUUUUUUCCCCCUGUUGAUUAAUUUUGUAUUAAAGCCUGACGUAGACUUAGAAUCAAAUUUCUUUUCAUGGAAUUAUCACUGUAUGACUCAAAGGGACCAGUGCCACUGCUGCCAGUGUUUUUUUCAGACUGGAAACAGAAUUGGAAAACUGCCCGACUUAUCUUGCAUCCCUUUGAAUGAGUUACAGACUGCCAGUGUCUGCAGAAGUUGAAGGCAAAUGGGAGAUGAUGUCAGAGGCAUCUGUUUGCUUUACCAUCUGCAUCUCAUUAUAAAUGUAGUUGUUAUAAAAUGCGGUUCAUUUUAUUUUGGUAGGCUCCGAAAUCAAAAUGCUAUGCCAUUAUAAGCCAGUGGAGUAAUUACAAUGUAUUGGAUGAGAACUAUUAGGCAGUGUCUGCGACUUGAUGAAAAUCUCUGUACAGAUUGCAGACUUCUCCCUGAUGUUUCAAACUGUCGUUUCCCCAAGCUCUCUAACACUUGGGAGUCUGUCAUUCUGACCUAGAUAAAAGUGGUUCUUUCUCAGUA